UGCAUUGUGAAUGCAUUACGUGCCGGAUAGCACCUUGAUAAAUGGCAAUCAGUGCAGAGCAAACAUAAACACGCGCAGUCUCGCAGGGCUGUUGGCAAUCAAGUGAGGUUUGAGGAUGAGCCUGAACUUUGAUUACUUCCUGCUAAAGCCAAGAAACCGUGAGGAGCUUGCCACAAAGCUUUUAUGCACUUGCCAGAGUGAGGCAUCGCCAACCUCAUUCAAAGGUAUCAAUGCUGCUUUGAUUCCGGUUCCUUGCAACCAUAUCCUUCUGUGUUCGGUGGGAGGGAUGCGAACAUAUCUACCUUGGCAUUGUUCAAAUAGACAUAAUCGACAAGGCGCAUGUUCUGGGCGAUGCAACCCAACAAACAGAUUCACUAAACCGUGGAAACCGAGGCGUCUUACGCUUGCGGUCUCCUGCGCGACGCCCGACGAUCCUAUGGUCAUGGCUACCAGUACCUUUGCGACUCCGGAUCGGCAGUCUUGGAAUCCUGGUUGUUUUCUUAUUGGAAAAUUGCUUGAUCAUCCAUUCCAUUUUCCGAACACCUCCUUGCCUAUGGGGUGGUUGGAUUGGGGGAAGGAUAUCGUCUUCUUAUCUGUUCGGCCUUUGCGAUCCCGAUGGAUAUGGGUACUAUUGCUCUGCUCUGGAGGGAGAAUCUGACAGGGUUGGCGGACGAGGAGGUGCUGGUAUAUUGAUGGGAUUGUAUGGGUAUUGCCGGCUUUCAAUAUGGCUUAGGGAUAUUACACGUUUGGUGUUUGCGAACUCGGUGAGAUGGAGGUAUCUAUGCACGAUGAAGGCGAGGAAUG